AUGCUCACUAGGAACUCACUACUGCGCUUUACACCACAAUCGGGUCCUCCUUUUAUUAAAAAAAGAAGAACAAACAUAUUUCAAAAAUCAAUAAAAACAUUAGCAGUUGAAACAUCUUGCGAUGACACAUGUGUGGCUAUUUUAGAAGAUAAUCGCAUACUGUGCAAUUUAAAAAAAACUUUGAGUACCGUAGUCCAAGAUGGCGGUAUUAUACCAACCAAAGCUCAUGUACACCAUCAGCAAAGUUUGGCUCCACUUGUACGCGAAGCUUUAACUAAAGCCAAUAUCAAUAAUGUUUCGCAGGAUAUCGAUUUAAUAUGUGUUACUAGAGGCCCAGGUAUGCCAGGCUCCCUAUCUGUUGGUUUGGAUUUUUGUAAAGGACUCAGCAUUGGUGCCAAUAAUAACAAUAAAAGCGCUCCUAAACUCAUUGGUGUUCACCAUAUGUUAGGUCAUUUAUUAAUACCUCUAAUGUUUGAUCCUCACAUUAAAUUUCCAUUAUGUUCAUUACUAUGUAGCGGCGGCCAUACCGUAUUCGUAUACUCUCACAAUUAUUACACGCACGAAAUAAUAUGCGACACAGUCGACAUCGCCAUCGGUGACUCUUUGGAUAAAUGUGGUAGAGAAUUGGGCAUAAGGGGAAAUAUGAUUGCUAAAGAAAUGGAAAAAUAUAUCACUUCAAAUAGGAAUAUAAUAAAUACAAACGCACAAAACAUAUAUCAAUUGCCCAAACCUCUGAGCAAUAAGGCUGGUAGAAAAAAUGUCUUGGCAUUUAGUUUUGCAGGCUAUAUUAGUGCAGUUCGUAAAAUGUUGUCUAAUGUGCCAGUGGUAAAAUACCCUGAAUUUGCCUAUCAUAUCCAGGAAACAGCUUUUCAACAUUUAAUCGAUAAAAUAAAAUUAUCCAUUGAACUAGGCAAAAUUAAAACUAACAAUACCAAAAAUUUACAAUUUGUCUGUUCAGGCGGUGUUGGUUCCAACAUGAGACUAAGAAAAAAAUUAGAGGACCAAUUACCAUUUAAAUCAUUCCAUUAUCCUCCUCUAGAUAUGUGCACAGAUAAUGCUGUUAUGAUUGGAUGGGCUGGUAUGAAAUUAUAUGAAUCUUUAAAUGGGGUAACAACUGACUUGGGUGCUACUCCUUUGAAAAAAUGGAGUCUGCCUGAUCUUUUAAAAGUAGAUGGGUGGUGUCAUACAAAUAAAUAG